AGCACUUCUUCACACUCUCUUUUGUAUCGUGGAUUAGUCUGUGUUGUGUUUCUGGAGUAUUUGGAUGGCACAUUUUCAGGGGAAAGGGAUUCCCAACACUGGGAAAAGUCCAAGAGUUUGUCCUGGAACAGAGUGAGGAGAGGAGGAGGGAAGAUAGCAGCAGUUUUUCUCUUCAUCUUUGCCUCCGCAGGCGUUUCUUCUGUGGAAGAAUGGGGGCAGGAGCUCUGACCAUCUGUCACAACAAGACAGCGGUGCAGGUUAAAGAAGACAUGAAGAAGAUGGUCCAGAUACCCAUGCUGCGACCCAGGACAGUCACAGCCAAGUACACCAAGCUGUUUGGAGUGUCCCUGUUUGAGCUGCAGGAGAAGGGCCUGGUGGAGGAUGGUGUGCCUCUGGUGAUGCGGAGGAUGGUGGAGCAUCUCCGCAAGCAUGCCUUGCAUCAGGAGGGUCUGUUCAGAGUGAACGGGAAUGUGCGUGCUGUGGAGACCCUGAAACAGCGGCUGGAGAGUGGAGAGGAUGUGGACCUUCUCUCUGAAUCUGAUUUGAGUACGGUGGCCAGCUUGCUCAAGCGGUACCUCAGGGACCUGCCAGUGGGUCUGGUAGGCUCAACAGUCCAACAGGCGCUGAUCCAGCUCCAUCAAGAGUGCGGUGAUGUCUCUUGGUCAGAUAUGAGAAACCUGCUCCUGCAGCUUCCAGACGUCCACCACAGUCUCCUCCGCUACCUCUGCCACUUCCUCACCCUUGUCGAGUGCAACCACAAAGAAAACCGUAUGACUGCCCUCAAUCUCGCCACCGUGUUUGGACCCAGUGUAUUCCACGUGGGUCUUGGUUUCGAAGCGAUGAAGGACCAAAAUAUCUGUAACAAGAUCAUGGUCAAGCUCAUCCAGAACUACAGCAAUAUAUUUGAGUCGGCCAGAGACGGAAAAGGCUGCACAGAAGAGCUGUCAAACCGUAUUAUUGUCAAGGAGGUGCACAUGACGGAUGCAGACACACAGGAGUCACACAGCAACCUCACUGCAAACACACCGACACCGGCUCCCAGAAAGAAGGCUGGACAAAAAACCCCACCACAAGAUGCAGAAUCUCUGAACAAAUCCUCCACUAACACUCCAAAGGCGAGGCGGAGGAAAAAGAAGGUGAGGAAAGGGAAGAGUGACGGCAUGACUCAAGUGAUCCCUGAGCCCAGCCGCUCCGCUGGGUUGCCCAAUGCGAGGUCUCUCUCCAUACCAAUAAUUUUGCCCCUGACCUCAGAGCUGAGAAGCCCCAGUCCAGAGCCGAUGGAGACAGCUCGCCAAGACACCCCAGACGGCACCUCGCCACUCAGCCACCUCAACGUCAGCCCCUCUGGCAGCAUGGAGGCCGUCAGCAGCUCCCAAGAAGAAGAUAGGCCAAUAUCUCCUUUCUACAUGAGUAACCACCUCUCCCCCAUCCACUGCUCACCAGAUGUGGUAAAUUAUCUGGACAGGACGAUUCGUUCAGCAGUGGAGCAGCACCUCUUUGACCUAAACGCUGUACAGGAUCAAAGUUCAGCAGACUGCGAGUUAACCCCACAUCCACCAUCUCCAAGGGCAACGCAAACUGCCCGACAGAGACGCCGACACCAGAGAGAGCAACAUGAGGAGGGGCUGAGACACAAAGAAAGGAACAGAGCUGCGUCCGGCCGAGCAGACACCAACAAGGAGAACAUCCCGUCGAGCAGUGGGAGCAGCUCGGGCAGCGUGGUGGAGGACGCGGGCAGCAGCGCCGUGGACUCACACGGAGGACAGAGUGGUCACGCCGUGCGAACCCCAAAACCCAGGAAGUCGAAACACAGCCCGACGCUGGUGCAGCACACACACAACCAGGAUGCCCACGAAUUGAAGGAAUGUGUUUGUGAGAGACCCGGAGCGAUUCCCAUGGAGACAUUUCACAAAGGGAAUGACAUUUCAAGAAAAGAUGGCCUUCUUUCUCCUCCACAGACGUUAAGGAUGAAGAUCCAGGAGUCGCCCGUCACUUGUGACACGGGGAGGAUCAGCGGCGGAGAGGUGCGAGGCUCGGACCCGGACCGUGAGAGCUGCGAGGACGUGCCCCGACUGGACCUGACAGCACUUACUGAGGAAAACAACUGGGGAGAUUCUCCGUUCUUUAACACUCCUUUCCUUGAUUUCAAAACCAUUUUUCAUUCAAGUUGUUGUGAUGAACCCGUCCCAGCGUACUCCCCACUGCAGAGGGAGAGCAUGGACCACGAAGAGGCUCGACUGUCCCCUCACGCCGGGGGACGCCUGAUCCGCCAGCUUGUGGAGGAGGACAGCGACCCGAUGCUGUCCCCUCGCUUCUACGCCUACGGACACUGCCAGCAGUACCUGGACGACACCGAAGUGCCUCCCUCACCGCCAAACGCGCACUCAUUCGCCAGUCGCAGACGGAGUUCGUCUCUUGGCUCCUGUGACGAUGAGAAAGAGGAGCUGACGUCCGCCCAGCUCACAAAGAGGAUCCAUGUGCUGAGGAAGAAGAUCCACCGAUUUGAGGAGAGGUUUGAAGAGGAUCGGAAAUACAGGCCCUCCCACAGUGAUAAAGCUGGAAACCCAGAGGUGCUGAGGUGGCUCAAUGAACUGGCAAAGCUUCGUAAAGACUUAAAAGAAAGCAAGCUAAUGAAGUCUGAAGAGGACCUGCCACCUCUGACCCGCCAGCGCAGCAACACGCUGCCCAAAAGCUUCGGCUCUCAGCUGGAGAAGAAACCGCAGCAGGAGAAAGUGCCGAAGCCUCCGGUGGAGAGCAGCCUGGAGACCAUUUUGAUAAAGCUGCAGGAGAAGAGGGAGGAGGUGAACCGGCCGGAGGACAUCAAGGAUAUGACACGGGAGCAGAUCGGAGCGGAGAAAGUCGCCCUGCAGAAAGCUCUCCUUUACUACGAGAGCAUACACGGUCGACCAGUCACCAAGAACGAGAGGCAAAUCAUGAAGCCGCUGUACGACAGAUAUCGCCUGGUGAAGCAGAUCCUGUGCAGAGCUUCCACCAUCCCCGUCAUUGGCUCUCCCUCCAGCAAGCGCAGAGGUCCCCUCCUUCAGCCCAUUAUCGAGGGCGAAACCGCACUCUUCUUCGAUGACAUCAAGGAGGAAGAGGACGGCUCAGAGGACGACUCGGACACAAAGACUCAGUUCACCGUGACCGUCCGGCCCGACGUCAGCGUGCUCGGUUUCCUGGACCACGUGGAGGAGGAAGGGGACGGUUUCAUUUCGCCCGUGGACGAACUAUCACCUUCUAAGAACACAACGGACAUGAGGCUGUCCAACCUGCACUCCGCCACCAUGCAGGAACUCGUGGAGCAACUCCAAGAGACCCGAGACGAGAAGAAGAGACUCCGCAAGAACCUGAAAGAGUUUGAGGACCAGUUCUUCAGACAAAACGGAAGAAACGUGCAGAAGGAGGACCGCUCCCCGCUGGCAGUCGAGUACAACGAAUACAAACACGUUAAAGCCAAACUGCGGCUGCUGGAAGUCCUCAUCAGUAAAAGAGACUCGACUAAGUUCCUCUGAGACAAAAAUAAAAGACUCUAAAAAGACUUAAGAGAUACAGUCAAACACAUCUCAUCCUGUUGGAGAACAGAUCUGAUUUUCCUUCUCACUGCCAUCUGUGUCGCUCAUGUUUCUGGCUUCUUGCCUGUUAAUCCGUUCUGUCGAGCUCAGCUGGGUUUUUUUCCUCUGGCGCCCGCAGAGAGCCGCCGACUCACGACUGAUUCAAGGCGACACAAAGUCACCUGAGAAGGUUCCCUUCCAACAAAAACCUCCCCUUCGUAAGAGGACGUUUCUCGAGACGCACACAAAUAACCUGAAUCACACUUUUAUUGCUAAUAAUUUAUUUCUAUCCUUUUGAAUGUUUUUAUCAAAACAGAAAAGUUAUUUUUCUCACGUUUUACUGUAGAAGUCUUAAAAGAAAAACAUUGUAAGUAAAAUAAUAGAUAUGAAAUUAUUAUUUUUAAAGAAGGAUUUUUGUGAUCAAGAUGUAUGUGUAUUUUUGUAAGGGAGACGUUACUAUUUGUAUAAUCAGCUUAACAGUAUUCACUAAAUGAAUAGCUUUCUCUAUUUCAGUUCUGACCAUCAUAUAAUAUCUGAAAUAAUCAUUUGUUGCUUCUGUAGAAGUUAAAUUGAAUAUUUGCUCACUAAAAUAAGUGUUUGUUAAUUUCGAUACAACCCAAAGACAGUGACUCAGAGUAAAAACUGCAAACCAAAAUAGCUCAUAUUCAAUAAAACAGCUUAUUUUUGUGAUCACUGGUACUUACGUAAGCAUUUGACUGUAUAUUUUAUGCAUUGACGUGCUUUUUCAUCCCAUUUAUUUCCUGUCAAAUAAGCUAUUUCUCGUCCUGAAAUCACUGGCAUGUUUUUGCUCACAAUGAUAAACAUUGACAAACGUUUGUGAGACGACUCUGGAGGACAGAAACAGCAGUGAUCUGCGUUUCUUUCUCGUCCUCUCCGGAGCUCGUCGGGUUCUUUUGUAAAUAUGGAUCACUUGUGUAUGUUUACAUUUCUGUGAGCGAGUACAUUUUUCCUUCCUUUCUCCAAAAUGGAUGAUUUAUCAGUGUGAAUUUCGUUUUUACUGAAUGUAAACACUGGCAAGGCUUAAUGAAUUUUGAGUGUGUACAUUUUAGUACAUAAAUUGUAUUUGUAUUUUGUAUAUAAUAUGAAUGAAAUCAUAUUUUUACUGAG